AUGUCUCUAGAAUCAUGGAUAUCUGAUAAAACAAUGAAGUUUUUAAAAAUUUCAGAAGCAUCUAUAGUAAAUUAUAUUAUUAAUGAAGCAUCUAUUGCCCAAAGUUCAGAAUAUCUUUUUACAAAAUUAUGUAAUCUUGGAUUCCCAAACACUUCAGAAGGAAAAGAAUUUACAGAAGAAUUAUUUAUUCGUGUCCCCAGAAAAUCAAAAGUUGAAACGAAAGACAAAAACAUUUAUAAUCAAGAUAAAAAAGUAAAUAUUUAUUCUUUAAAAAAGGAAAACACAUCAUUUGAAGAAAUUCUUGAAGAAGAAAAAGAAUAUCCAUUAUCAAUUAACGUCUCUCUCAAAAAAGAAAAAAGUUUUAAUAAUAAAAAAAAUAGAAUAAAAAAGCAAGAAAAUCAAGAUAGAUGGGUAAGUGACGAAGACGAGCACAAAGAAAGAAUAAAAAAGAAACAGAGAUUGGAAAAUAGUCACAAUAUAGCCAAAAAUGUCAAAGAAUAUGAAGAUGAACUACAAAAAGCAGAAGAUGAACGAAUCAGAGAUCUUAAAGAAAGAGAUGAAUUUUCAGAAAGAUUAAGAGACAAAGAUCAAGAAAAAACAAGAAAAAUAGUUGAAGAUAGAUCUUCAAAGAUUUCUACAGAUGCAUUAGCCCGACGAAAAUUAGCAAAUGAUGCAGAAGCCAGAAAUGCAGCAUUGCCUCAAUUGAGGGAAAGAAGUCGACAACAGUACCUAAGUCUUCGAGAAAAACAACAGAUAGCUCUCCUUGAGAAAGAAAUAUCUGAAAUGGAAAUAAUUUUUGAUGGUGUUAAACUAACAAAAAGAGAAAUAGAAGAAAUGAAUUAUAAAAAAGAAGUUCUACGUUUAGCAAAACAGAGAGCAAGUAUUGAUGAAGGUUAUGAUGGUUAUGUUAUUCCAGAAGAUUAUAUCACUGAAAAGGGGAAAAUAGAUAAAAAAAAAAAAGAAGAAGCUCUAUAUAAACGUUAUCAAGAUGAUAAACAUGAAGAAGAUAAAUUUGUCACUGAACAGGACCAAUGGGAAGAAUACCAAACAAGUAAAGCUACGGCAAAAGUAGGAACAUUAAACAAAAUAGCACCAGAAGAAUUUGAAUACGUUUUUGAUGAUACUCAAAAAAUAGAUUUUGUUUUAAGAAACACACUUGAAGGAAUCUUUACAAGCAAAGAACAAAGAAUUAUGGAAAAAAAAAUCAAAGAAGCAGAAGAAAAAGCAAAUUCUAUUGAAGAAACAAGAAAGAAUUUACCUAUAUAUACAUUUAAAAAAGAACUGCUAGAUGCUAUUUCCAAUUAUCAAAUUCUUAUUAUUGUUGGUGAAACAGGAUCAGGAAAAACCACGCAAAUUCCACAAUAUCUUCAUGAAGCCGGAUAUACUAAAAAUAAUCAAAAAAUUGGAUGUACUCAGCCACGUAGAGUAGCAGCGAUGUCAGUAGCUGCCCGUGUAGCAGAAGAAAUGGGUGUAAAAAUAGGCAAUGAAGUGGGAUAUUCAAUAAGAUUUGAAGAUUGUACAAGUGACAAAACUAUCAUAAAAUAUAUGACAGAUGGAAUGCUUCUAAGAGAAUUCUUAACAACACCUGAUCUCAGUGAUUAUUCUGCAUUAAUGAUAGAUGAAGCUCACGAACGAACUUUACAUACUGAUAUAUUAUUUGGUUUAGUAAAAGAUAUAGCACGAUUUAGGCCAGAAUUAAAACUUCUUGUAUCCUCUGCUACAAUGGAUGCUCAGAAAUUUGCUGCAUAUUUUGAUGACGCACCAAUUUUUAAUAUUCCCGGCCGUAGAUAUCCCGUUGAUUUACAUUAUACACAACAUCCAGAAGCGAAUUAUCUUCACGCUGCUAUAACAACUAUUUUUCAAAUCCAUACUACUCAAGGAAAAGGAGAUAUAUUGGUUUUUCUUACAGGACAAGAAGAAAUUGACGCAGCGACAGAAAAUCUUCAAGAAACAUGCCGUAAACUUGGGAAAAAGAUUAAAGAAAUGAUAAUUGCUCCUAUUUAUGCAAAUUUGCCAUCUGAACUACAGUCCAAAAUUUUUGAGCCUACUCCAGAAGGAGCUCGAAAGGUUGUUCUAGCUACAAAUAUUGCAGAAACAUCUAUUACUAUUGAUGGUAUUGUUUAUGUUAUAGAUCCAGGUUUUGUUAAAGAAAAUGUCUAUAAUCCUCGAACAGGAAUGGAAUCACUUAUUGUUACACCAUGUUCUCGUGCAUCAGCAAACCAACGUAGUGGUCGUGCAGGACGAGUAGGUCCUGGUAAAUGCUUUAGAUUAUAUACAUGGUGGGCAUAUCAUAAUGAAUUAGACGAAAAUACCACACCUGAGAUUCAACGUGUUAAUUUAGGAAACGUUGUUCUUUUAUUAAAAUCUCUUGGUAUUAAUGAUCUUGUUGGAUUUGAUUUUAUGGACCCACCUCCUGUUGAAACAUUAAGUCGUGCAUUAGAACAACUCUAUGCACUUGGUGCACUAAAUGAUAAAGGCGAACUUACAAAAGUUGGACGCCAAAUGGCAGAGUUUCCAACAAAUCCAAUGUUAGCAAAAGCAAUUUUAUGUAGCAGUAAAUAUGGUUGCGUUGAAGAAGUCCUUUCUAUAGUUAGCAUGCUAGGUGAAAGCUCUUCAAUAUUUUAUCGUCCUAAAGAUAAAAAAUUCCAUGCAGAUAAAGCUAGACAAAAUUUUACAAGGCCAGGUGGUGAUCAUUUGACAUUAUUAAAUAUUUGGAACGAGUGGGUCGACACGAACUUUUCAUAUCAAUGGGCAAGAGAAAAUUUCCUUCAGUAUAGAUCACUCACACGUGUUAGAGAUGUUAGAGACCAAUUAGCCCGUUUAUGCGAACGGGUUGAAGUUGUUAUCACUGGCAUAACCUCUUCAGAUAUUCUACCUAUUCAAAAAUCUAUUACAGCAGGAUUUUUCUAUAAUGCAGCAAGGGUACAAAGAUCUGGUGAUUCAUAUAGGACAAUAAAAUCAGGUCAAACAGUGUAUAUUCAUCCUAGUAGUGUCUUAUUCGGCAUUAAUCCUAAAUGGAUACUAUAUUAUGAAUUAGUUUUAACUAGUAAAGAAUAUUGUCGUCAAGUAAUGGAAAUUAAACCAGAGUGGCUUAUUGAAGUUUCUCCGCAUUAUUAUAAGUCUAAGGAUAUUCAAGAGUUUAACAUAAAAAUGGGAAUAAUAAAAAAAACAGAAAAAAUAUAA